UGUCCUUCCCUCUUCCUGUAGGGCGGGACUCCUCCAGCUAGAGGACUGUUCUUUGUUGGGAAGGAUAGCAUCUUCUGAGAACCUAUGCUGUGUGGGGGCUGGUUGGCAUAGGUGGUGAAUGAGGUUUGUUCUUUAUAUGUUCCUGUAGAAAUCUGUAUAUAGCUGUUUACUUUGCAUUUAAUUAAGAGAGAGAACGAAAACUAUUCAUUUGGAUCCAAGGUCUCCCUGUGAGUUGGCUGUGGGACUUAUCACCACUGGAAGCAAGGAAAGAGGAGAAAAUUGCACCAAAUCAGUGCAGGUCCAUCUCCAUUGGUGGCUGUGAUGGCCUUGGAGUGGCAGAAGAUCAUCACCUUCAUCAGGUCUGCACUCAGGAACCAUCAUCUUCCCUCAGCCUGAGUGUCUCCGCCCUCUGUCUGUGUCAUUGACAGAGGCUGUGUGUUUGAAAAGGAGAUUGUGCAACUGCUGAACUGACAAUUGACUCUAACUCUUGCUACAAAGUUUAUCUCUGACCCAGUAAAAGAGUGUUAAGACAUCGACCUGGAACACAUUGAGAACCAAGGCCAAGACUGUAUAGGGCUAUCUAUGUAACUGGGCUUCAGCCAUGACUGGGGCUAAAAAUGAGAGUAGAAAAAAGGCCAAAACUGAGAAAAGGGCUGGUAUAGAAACUGAAGCAAAGAGGGAGGCUGCUGGCAUAGUCACACCUGUAGCCAAGACCCAAGCCAAAGCAAUAGUCGAGACAGGGUCUCAGGCAGAUGCAGUGGCAGAGAGGAAGGCAGUGUCUAAGAACAGAAUUGUUACUCAGAUGAAGGAAGGGGCUCUAGCAGAUUUUAGUCCCAAAGCUGAAGAUGAUGCCACUAGAGUAUCUCAGUUUUGUUCCAUGGCUAAGGCUAGUGCUGAGUCGAGGUCUACAUGUAAAGAUAAGGCUGGUAUUGACACCUGGUUCUGGGCUGGGGAAGAGGGCAGUGUUGGUUCCUGGUUCUGGAGUGGAGAAGAGGUGGGUAAUCAUUCCAGUACUAAGGAUGAAGAUAAAGCUGAUAUUGGUCCCCUGUCCUGUGCUGAGAAGUUGGAACCUGUGGCUGGGGCCAGCUGCAAGGCUAGGCCGGGGGCUGAGGAGGAGGAGGAAGAGAAUGUUAUUGGGAACUGGUUUUGGGAUGGAGAUGAAACUAGUUUUGACCCUAAUCCUAGACCUGUGAGCAGGAUAGUUAGGCCUCAGCCUGUAGAUGAAAUUAAUGAAAAAAAUAGGCCCAGGGACUGGUCUGAGGUAACUAUCUGGCCCAAAGCGCCUGCUGUGACUCCAGCAGUGUUAGGAUUUAGAUCCCAAGCCCCAUUUGAGACAAAGCCUCCUUCAUAUAUUGUCCUGGCCUCAGCUGAGGAAACUACUCAUUCUUUGCCUGUGGCAACAGCGUGCCCUUCUAGGAGCACUCCCUCAUGCUCACAGACUAUUCCUGAGUACCCAUUUGGUUCUGACCCAUGCAUCCAGACCAUAGAGGAGAUUAGACGCCAAAUCAGGAUCAGGGAGCUGAAUGGGAUUAAGCCAUUUGCUUGUCCUUGCAAAAUGGAAUGCUACAUGGAUUCUGAGGAAUUUGAAAAACUUGUUAACUUACUGAAGUCAACUACUGAUCCUCUCAUUCAUAAAAUAGCUCAAAUUGCCAUGGGGAUCAUUAAUGUUCAUCCAUUUGCCCAAGAGUUCAUUAAUGAGGUGGGUGUAGUGACACUUAUUGAAAGCUUGCUCAGUUUUCCUUCCUCUGAAAUGAGAAAAAAGGCUGUAAUUACUCUAAAUUCCCCUUCUGGGGAUAAAAGACAACGCAAGGUUGAAUUACAUGUUAAGCAUAUGUGUAAGGAAACCAUGUCUUUUCCCUUGAAUUCACCUGGACAACAAUCUGGAUUAAAGAUACUAGGGCAACUGACUACUGAUUCUGACCAUCACUACAUUGUUGCCAAUUACUUUUCAGAGCUUUUCCAUUUGCUAUCCCUGGGAAAUCGUAAAACCAGAAAUCUUGUUUUGAAAGUGCUUUUGAACAUGUCUGAAAAUCCAAGUGCAGCCAGAGACAUGAUCAACACAAAGGCAUUAGCAGCAUUAAAACUGAUCUUUAACCAGAAAGAGGCAAAAGCCAAUCUUGUUAGUGCCGUGGCCAUACUUAUUAACAUAAAGGAGCAUAUCAGAAAGGGCUCAAUCAUAGUUGUUGAUCACUUGAGUUAUAAUACACUCAUGGCCAUUUUCCGUGAAGUUAAAGUGAUUAUUGAAACAAUGUAAAAUGAACCAGAAAUAAAAGAGAAUACUUUGAAUAAUCUCCAAACUCGAAUAGGCUGCCUGUUCCCAAAGAGCCUUGCAUAAUGUUUUGGUUAUCACAGUGUUAUAAAUUACAUCUUUACACGAUAUUACCUGUGACUGUUCUAGGUUUGAGCUUAACCAUUUUUGGAGUAUCAAAUGAAUAUUACACCAUGAGCUGAAAACAUCUGUUGAUUUUUAUGUUGUGUAGAUGAGGAGCUUUUUAGCAUUUUACUUAAGAAGAUAGUGAACCAGUUCAUUGUAAGUAAGCUAACUUGUUCAUUAGUAUCUGCUUAGACCCAUUUGUAGCUUCAAGUGGCAAAAAA